AUGGUCUCCUCUAUUUUUCUUCUGGUAAGCAUUUGGAUUGCUUCGAUCAUUGCCCAUGCAGCAACACCUUUCACCGUGCCUUGGACGGGCCAGACAUACGGCCCGGAUGGUCCCUGGCAAGCUGUCCAGGUCAAAAUCGGCAGCGACCGGCAAAAGAUAGCUCUCUACCCCGGAGGAGCCUGGCAGAGCUACAUCCUCCUCUCCUCAACUUGCUCUAAUACUUCAAUAUCAUCCUACUGCUAUGCUAACCGGGCGGGUGUCUUCGACAAACUGACCUCCACCACGUAUGACGACACGGCCAUCCGGCUGACCAUCAACGAUGGAACAUGGGGACCGCUACACUUUGGCGCUGCCACCGACAACCCCAUCUACGGCACCGCCAAGUGGGCUCUCGAUUCGAUCGAUAUCUCGGGCGUCGUGGUCCCGUACGUCAGUUUGAACGUGGUGGACCAGGGGUACCAGAUAUACCCGGAUGGGACCAAUUACCCUCUCGAGCUUGGAGUCCUCUCCCUGGGAGCCCCCAGUUUACAACAGCAGUUCGCAAACCGAGGACAGCCCACCAUCAACGGCACUUUUUUCGACAGUUAG